AUGAAGCUAUUGUUAGGCCUGUGUUUUCUUUGGUGUUUUUCCUCAGAAGGAAAGACAGAAGAUCUCCUGGAAGAACAGGGGAAACUAAAGGCUCUAGGAGGCUUCCAGUUUUCAUGCGAGCAUGUGACAUCACCUGAGAGUCCUUCAUCUUCAGUUCAUACUCUGAGGCCAGCUGACAUUAAAGUAGUCACUGCAAUAGGAAGUUUGCAAACACCACUGGGAUCCAGCAUUCAUCAUGAAGAUUUGCUCCAAAGCACAGGAAAGAGCCUCCCUGAAGUGAGUGUGGAAGUCUUGGCAGCUCUUAUUAGCAGUUUUAAUCCUUCGGUCCUGCACCAGUCUCCUCUGCCUGUCACAAUGGGAGCAGCAUCAGACGGUCAAACAAUAGGCCUCUUGGAUCAAGCUGGAGAAAUAGUGAAGCUCAUGAAAGAGAACCAGAUGCUGGACUUCCAAAAUGAUUGGAAACUGAUCACAGUUUUCUUUAGUGCUGAAAACCCAUGCUCUUCUUGUGCCUUCACACAACCGAAGAAUUGCAUAUUGGACAACCUGGAAAAACUUCAAGAACUCUUAGACUUUUUAUAUAAAGAAGUUCCCAAAGCCUUUGUAAAUUUGGUAGAUUCCACUGAGAUCACAACUUCCUUUCUCAUGUGCCAAGAUCCUCAAAAUGCCAGCAACUCAACUGGGAAUCAGUGCAAUUGUGUUCACGAACACUCUAUGCUAAACUGUAACAUUCUGAGGUGGUCCUAUCAGGAUGCUUGGGAAAAACUUCUCAAGUCUAAGAGGUACGAUCAAAAGGAUGAUUUCACUGUUGUUCUUCAGCCUUCUCUCCAAGAAACAAAUCUUUUGCUCAGUCUGAGCAGGGAUGGUUUCUUCAGCACAUCAAAGACACAAGUGGAAACUCGGGAAGAAGAUUAUAUUUUCAUGGCUUUGAGCCUCUGGAAGAACAUGAUGGAACCAGUUGGGCAGAAGAAACCAUACAAUUUCACAACACUGCAUCAGGUCCAGUGUCCAUCUCAGAAAAAUCCAUAUUUGUUCACAUACAGAAAUAGUAACUACUCACUUUCCCAAGAGAUAUCAAACACUAAAGAAAUACUGCAGGAGAGAAGUUAUGGAACAAAUGUUCCUUGUUUCAACCAGGGUCCCUCUGAUAAAGUUCCAGAUUCAGUUCAUAAGUUGAGACCAGCAGAUAUUCGAGUGAUUGCUGCCCUGGGAGAUUCAAUCACAGCAGGUAAUGGGGCAGCAUCCAAUCCCCAUGAUGUUCUGGAUGUCCUGACUCAGUACCGAGGUAUUUCUUGGAGUGUUGGAGGAAAUGAAAACAUCAGCACGGUCACAACACUAGCAAACAUUCUUCGUGAGUUCAACCCAUCCCUGAUAGGAUAUUCCACUGGCACUGGAAUGCAAACUACAGAAAAUGCUGCACUCAACCAAGCAGUUGCAGGGGCUCGGGCAGAGGAUGUUCCUGCACAGGUCAGAAGACUGGUGGAUCGAAUGAUGAAUGACAGCAGAAUAAACAUGCAGUCUGACUGGAAGCUUAUAACGCUUUUCAUAGGAGGAAAUGACCUUUGUCAAUUCUGUGAAGAUCCUAUACGCUUUUCUCCUGAAAACUACACCUAUAAUAUUCAAGUAGCUUUGGACAUGCUUCACAAAGAGGUUCCACGGGCGUUUGUGAAUCUGGUGACAAUCCUUUCUAUAACAAGCCUACGAGAGUUGUACGCAGAGGAAAAUGUUUCCUGUCCAAGGCUUCUUAUGAGGAUACUGUGCCCCUGUGUACUGAACUAUGAUGACAGUUCCAGUGAGUAUAAGCAGUUGGUCUACUUCAACAAAAGGUAUCAGGUGAGGACCCGUGAAUUAGUGGAGAGUGGAAGAUAUGACACUAGGGAAGACUUUACAGUGGUCGUACAGCCUUUUCUGACUCAUAUCAGCAUGCCCAAAACGCAGGAAGGAUUUUCUGACAAUUCAUACUUUGCCCCAGAUUGUUUUCACUUCAGCCAGAAGUCUCAUUCGCAGGCUGCACGUGCUCUGUGGAACAACAUGGUGGAACCUGUAGGGAAGAAGACGGAUGACCAACAAAUGGAAAACGAAAUUGUCCUCAAAUGUCCAAGUGAGGCUGAGCCAUUCCUGAAGACGUACAAAAACAGUAAUUACACGUACCCUAACCAAACUCCAAAUUACGGAAGCCAGCUGCUAUGUGAGGACAGGUCUCCAUCCUCCCCUUCUCCAACUUCAGUGCAUUCCCUAAAGCCAGCUGAUGUGAAAAUGAUAGCAGCCCUUGGGGAUUCUUUGACGGCUGGUACGGGAAUUGCGUCAUACAGUCUCAUGGAUUUGGCUACUCAGUUCCGUGGGUUGUCAUGGAGUAUUGGAGGGGAUGACUCAUUAGAGAACGUUACAACUCUACCUAAUAUCUUUCGGGAGUUCAAUGCUAAGAUCGAGGGCUAUUCAACUGGCACAGGGAGUGAGAAUGACCCAAACGCAUUCCUUAACCAGGCGGUUCCAGGAGCACAGGCUGAGCACUUACCAGCCCAAGCAAGAGCUCUUCUGAGACUAAUGAAAAAUGAUUCUAGAAUUGACUUCAAUGCUGACUGGAAAAUCAUAACAGUGCAUAUUGGAAGCAAUGAUCUAUGCAACUAUUGCAAAGACCCUGAUCACUACUCAGCUGUAAAUUUCAUCAGUAGAAUUCAAGAAACUCUUGAUAUUCUGCAUGAACAGGUACCAAAAGCUCUAGUGAGCAUAGUUGGAGUAACGGACAUCCUCAGUAUGAGACAGUUGUUUGUGGAUACUCAAGUUCAGUGUCCCACUUACAUGUCAGAUUAUCUGUGUAGUUGUGUUCUCACAGGAGAAGAAAACUCAGAAAACUUAACAAUGGUGAGGGAAGCCAUUAAAGCUUACCAGCUUGGUAUUCAAACACUGGUGGAGUCUGGCAGAUAUGAUACUCAUGACAAUUUUACAGUGGUCAUCCAGACUUUCCUCCAAAAUCCCAAGACUCCUCUUGAUCAGGAUGGGCAUCCUGAUAUCUCCUACUUUGCACCUGACUGCUUCCAUCCAAGCCAGAAGGGCCAUUCUCAACUUGCCAAGGUUCUCUGGAAUAGUAUGUUGCAGCCUGUAGGCCAGAAAGCUGAUUCAUUUGACUUCUUGACUGACAUUGUCCUCAGCUGCCCGACUCAGAAUAACUCCUUCCUGAGUACAAAUAAAAAUAGCAACAACACAAAUUCUUCUGUGCUUCCCACCAGUGAGCCAACACAGAAUUGGGGCAGUGACCUGUCAUGUUCUGAAAAGGCUCCAUCCAGUCGUGUCCCAACAUCAGUACAUGAGCUACAGCCUGCUGACAUCAAAGUCAUUGGAGCAUUGGGAGAUUCCCUGACUACUGCGGCAGGAGCCUGCACAACUGACCCACAGGUGGACUGGAGGGGAUGUUCAUGGAGUAUUGGAGGUGAUGGCACCCUGGAGACCCGAACCACUUUACCCAAUAUCUUGAAAAAAUUCAACCCAAACCUCUUUGGCUUCUCCACUGGCAACAGUAAGGAAGCAGCUGGAUUCAAUGCUGCAGAGAGAGGUGCAACUUCACACAAUAUGCCAGCCCAAGCAAGUGAACUGGUGGAGCUAAUGAGGAGCAGCUCAAAUAUUAACUUCAAGGAGGACUGGAAGCUGAUCACUAUCUUCAUUGGAAGCAAUGACCUGUGUCAGUACUGCUUGGAUAAGGAAACAUAUUCAGUGCAAAACUACGUGAAGCACCUCCAGGACACUCUGGAUAUUUUCUACACAGAGCUCCCAAGAGUCUUUAUCAACAUGGUGGAGAUACUUGAGAUUUCUGGACUGCGUCAGGUGGCAGCGAGCUCUUCAGAAUGCUUUCUGACAGAGAAUCCUUGUCCAUGUUUCCUAAACCCCGAAGAAAAUUCUUCCGAUCUACAAGAAAUUAAGAGAGUCAACAGAGAUUUUCAGGCUGAAGCCUUACAGCUGGUCAGCAGUGGUCAGUAUGAACAGCGUGAGGACUUUGCAGUUGUUGUGCAGCCAUUUUUCCGAAACACCAUCUUGCCUACGGACAGCAAUGGCAAGCCAGAUCUGAGCUUCUUUGCUGCAGACUGCUUUCAUUUCAGUGAAAAAGGCCAUGCUGAGAUGGCUAUAGCUCUCUGGAAUAAUAUGAUGGAACCAGUUGGUGAAAAGCAGACUUACAACAACUUUACCUAUGACAGAUCAAAACUCAAGUGUCCAAACCUUGAGAAACCCUUUCUUUCCACACUGAGAAACAGUGGAUUCAGGAAUUCAGCUCUCAACUUGGAGAAGACGGAACCUUCAGUCCCCUACUGGGCUGUCAUUGUGGCUGCAGUAGCUGGAGUCCUGGUGGGCUCUUUGCUCCUUUGGGCUGUGUCAAGAAGAAGAGCCAGGAGACACCAGCGUGACAUCGAUGCAGAAAAGAACAUGAAAACAACAUCUCUUUAAAACCAAUGGAGCAAACAUCUGUCUCUGCAGAAUUAGAAAACAGUUGGACAUUCGUCAAACUUUGUUUUUAGCCAGGAAUUUUUGGGCCCACUGGUAUUGAUCAGAAAGGCAUUGUAGAAAGGCUAGCUUUUGCAGAUCAGUGAGGUGGACAAUGGAGUUCAAAAAGUUAAAGCUUUUCCAUGCUGGGAUAUGCUUCUCAGUUUCUUGAAUAUCACACAGAAUUUAUUCAUGCACCUUUGCACCUUAUUUGUCCCUUUUUCCUAUAAAACUCUGUGUAUAAAAUGUUAGAUGCUCAUGAUUGUGACCUGGUGCUCCCCAGUGGUAAGGUGUGAUAAAGAAGAAAAGUAGCAAUUUCACAUGUUAGAUUCCAAUAAGACCACAGAGCUGAGCUGAUGGUGCUAUGGUCAUAUUGGAACUUUCAGGAAAGUACAAAGGAAAGUGCAAUGCCAAGGAAACAUCCUCUAGCAUCUUCUGAGCAGCCGUGUAACAGAAGGGUCUGGCUCUUGUGGCACCUGUGGCAUGUUCAGUUCUCUCAGAUUGGAAUCACUGUGGUUGUUCUCUCAGUAAGAAUUUGCAAAACUUUUUCAAACUUCUCAGGAGUUCAGAGUUGAUCUUUUCCAGUAGUUAGACAUCCCUUGUGUGAUACUUGCAUACUACAUAUAUUCACAGUAGUCCUGUUUGUCAGUACCUUUAUUUCACAUGCCAAAUACUUUUAUUUUUGAUUUUAUUGAAACUGAAGUGUAGUUUGUAAUGGUGUGUCUUUUUUUUUUUUUUUUAAGGUUUCUACAUUUCCAUUCCAGAAAUGCAAACAAGCUGAAAAUUAAAACUGUUUCAGAGAAAAAAAGUUUCUUUUUUUGGGUUUCUUAAAUCUAGUCAUUACACAGACAUAGAAGGUAUUCAGACUUCGUUUCACUCAUUCUUCUGGCCAAGAUAAAAAGAGAUGGGUAAAAUACGGCGUGUGUAGUCAGGAGCUGCAGCUCCACUCAUCCCUCCUUUGAUCUGCUCUCAAAGGUUGGACUGUUAGUGGUAGGACUGUUGUUUGCAUAAAUCCUAUCCACAGGUGUGUCUGAGCACAGCAGCUCUAUAUGCAGCCCCAAAGAGAGAUGUACUUGAAAUGCAAAACAGAAGCACCUGUGUCUUAUUUCAGUGCGGCUCAGGCAUAAGCUCAAACUGCUCAUCUCUGCUGCUCUUCCUGUCCCUGUCUUCAGUGUGCAUCUUAACCAUCUACCUGAUGUCUGAACUGCUGAUAUUUAUUUAGUUCGACUACUGGAAGCAAAAGCAGCCUUAUAAUGCAAGACAUCUACCGUAUUCCAGCACGUUCCACAGCAUCAUUACCUCAGACAUAUUAUAAGGUGUGAGGGAUCUGAGCAAAUAUCCCAGUGGGUCAUGAAGGUGACAAUCUCUUCUCAUUCCUAUAUGUUACUCUCAUAAGUCCUCUUCCAUUCUGUAUAGCCACAAAUCAUGCAGCCCCUGCCUUCAUAAGGAAGAGAAAGGUGCCGUUCUCUGUGAAACCUUUCAUCAGUACUGGGUAUGUUAAAGGAAACUCAAAAUGGAAUUUCAGUGCUGAUGUAUUUUUCAAAUGAUGUGUGUGUGCAUGAAGUGGGGUGAGGUUUUUAGAACAUGAGCUAGAGCUGCACCGUUCUCUCAUUAGGCUCUCCCAGCCUGGAGUUGGAUGCAAAUCUGAUUUGAUUUUCAUGCUGGUGCACCUUGCAAGAAUAACUAGAAGAUCCCUUCCUUUUGUAGAAGUCUGAAUUUUGCUCUGAGCUUCUGAAAGCCAAGACAUCAGAGGUGCAGCCAGUUAAGAAGUGAAACAAAAAGAAGGCCCUUACCUCCUCCAGUGUUUUGAAGGAUGCUGGUGGAAAUUGUUAUUGCCUGGGAGCUUGGGUGACUCCAGACUGUACUGCAGAUACUUGGUUCCCUGAAGCAUUCGGCUUUGUGAGAAAUGCUGCCUUUACUGAAGCUUUUGGGAACUGAGCCUGUUGAGCUUAAACUGUAUUGGCUCUGUGCUGCUUCAGCAACAGGAGCCUUUUCCUCUAGUUUCUCUGGGUACAGCUCUACUGCACUAUUACAGCAGGAGCACAUAGGAGAUGGAGCUGGAAACUGUGUGCUCUUUAUUUAGCCUGCAGAAAUGUCUUCUGGCAUCGUGUUGGUAUGGACUGAAGAAUGUGAUGAACUGUAUGGACAUUUAAAAAUAAGAUUAGAAAAAAAAAAGGAAGAAUCAUGCAGUUUUCAGCUGUUUCACAAGCAAAAUAAUUUCCUUGAAAAUACUGAUGCCAAGUGCCCUUUCUGUGUUCAUUAAAUAGAGGUAGGAUUAAU